ACAUCCUUUCUCUCUCUAUAUCUAUCUCUCUCUUCAUCUCCUCCCACCAUUUAUAACUUUCCAAGAUCCCUUAUUUCAUCUCAAUCUCUCCAAACCCAUCUCUAAUCCCUUCAUUUCCGCAAUACCCAGAUCCCAAAUUUCCAACCUUUUUAUACAUAUAUCACCAUGACGUCAUCUUUCCGGCCAGAUCUCACCACCAAAAUCCACCCUGAACCACCACCUCAGGAAUUCCCAAUUGACCAUUUUGAUCUUUUGCCUGACCCACUUCUUUUAUUGAUCUUCAACAAUAUUGGUGAUGUCAAGACUUUAGGCCGAUGCGGUGUCGUUUCGAAAAGGUUCCAGUAUCUUGUCCCACAGGUCGAAAACGUCGUCGUUCGGGUGGAUUGUGUGAUCUCCGAUGAUGAUUCUGGUAACCCAUCUGCUAAUUCUGUUAAAUCUUGUGGACCCUUUUCGAAUCUUGUUAGGUUUUUGUGUUCUGGUUUUGUUAAGCCUAUUUAUGCUUUAGGACAGCUUUUAGGGACUAAAAGAUGUUCUAAUUAUAGUAAUCUUAGUUCUAAUAAUGUUAUUUCGGGUUGCGAAAACAAUAAUGUUGUUGUUGAUGAUGAUGAUGAUGAUUGUCAAAAUGGUGUAAAUAAUGUUACUCAUCACUCGCCUACACAAGUUUUGAAAAACUUUAAUGAGAUUAAGUCCUUGAAAAUCGAGCUCCCGAGUGGCGAAUUAGGAUUAGAAGAUGAUGUUUUGUUGAAAUGGAAAGCUGAUUUUGGGUCUACUUUAGAUAAUUGUGUUAUGCUUGGUGCCUCGGCUGUGAUUCGUCGCGAAAAUGUUACUUCUAGUGAAAUUGGGAAUGGAAAUGGGAACGAGGAUAGUGGGAGUAUACCCGAAUCGUUUUAUACUAAUGGUGGGUUGAAGUUACGGGUAGUUUGGACUAUAAGUUCAUUGAUUGCGGCGUCUGCAAGGCAUUACUUGCUUCAACCGAUAAUUGCAGAGCAUAAGACGUUGGAUUCGUUAGUUUUGACGGAUGGGGAUAGACAAGGGGUGUUGUGUAUGAAUAAGGAGCAGUUGGAGGAGUUGAGGGUGAAGCCGUUGUCGGCUUCUUCAGCUUCAAAGAGAACGCUCGUUCCUGCUUUGAAUAUGAAGCUUUGGUAUGCUCCUUAUUUGGAGUUACCUAAUGGAAACGUGCUUAAGGGAGCUACAUUGGUGGCAAUUAGGCCUAGUGAACAAUCGGGUCAGAAGGAGGUUUCCGAUGGGUCAUGGGUUUCGUCUGCUUUUGAAGAGCCUUACGGUACUGCAGCUAGGAUGUUGGUUAAAAGGAGGACUUAUUGCCUUGAGAUGAAUUCUUUUUAAGUUUUAACGGGCGCAUAAAGGCGUUAGCUUUGACGGCAUUUGGUUUCGAGGAUCCUUCAAGGCAACGGAAACACACAAUUUUGAUCUGCAUUUAGUUUUAUCAUAUAUACGAGUUGAUGGUGCGAAUGAUAUACUUAUGUUGCAUACUUGGCUGAAGUGAGAGAAGAUGGCGGUUGUGUUUGGUGCUUCAACAGAUGGGUGUUAUCUCAUAUAUUCUACGUUAUGUAUGAUAUAUAAAACGAUAAAGAGAGUUACUGUGGAUGAUGUUGUAAGAGGUUCUUUGUGGUUCUGUGUUUUCAGUCAUCUAUAUUUUAUAUGAUUAUCAGUUAUGUGAAUAUUUGUAGGUAUGACAAAUGAGUAUGUUUAUAUGUGGCUGUAAUGUUUAUUCAUUCAGUAAUGUUACCGCUUAAACUGCCUUUCUUUCUUAA